AGCCAACUGUGGCGCGGCUUGAUGAAGUGGCGAGUAAAAAUGGCGACGAUGUUCGGACACGGAUGAAGACUGAAGCUGAGGAAUGCGAAAAGUCAACGAACCAUGAGGCACUUGUCACCAGAUGACAGCGUGACAAGGUGAAAAAGUGAUCGAAAAGCUAAAGUUAAAGUAUUCAUUACCCGAAUGGAUUCACUGAACGCAUCAAUAUCGAUUCUCGCUUAUAUGCUAUGCGCGAAUAAAAUUCAGAAUUUUUAUCGCUCAAGUUUUAGUGUUUAUGUUGUGUUGGACUAUUAUAUCCACAAUUAUGAUUUUGAUGGAGCGAGAAGACGUUCACUUAAUUAUAAUUAACGAUGAUUGGUCGACGUUGCGCUUUUCUCGCUCUAAGCGUCCUCCUAACAUUAGUUCUCAGCGUAAACAUCUAUUUUAUCCGGAUGAUUGUCGAGAGUUCUUCCUCCUCCUCACAGAGGAAGAUGGCCUAUUCCAGAAAUAUACCAGAACCAAAAUCUCGGCAAGACUCUUUCACAGACUCUUCACACUCCAAUGAGAAGGAUCUGCAAGAUCGACCACAGUUGAGAUUGAUUGCAAAGGAUAUUAAUGAGAAGAUCAAGGAAGAUAUUCGCACACUACCCUCCAAGUAUUUUAAACAAAAUACCAGCUAUACACUUGUUCUGGAACGACUAUUGACCGAGUUGAAGAUAAUGUCAAACGUUCGCGAGGAUAUCUGGAAUAUUCCUAAUAACAAUUGGCCGGAUGCACAUCAUCUGAUUCCCCCAGCAGCUCCGGAAUUAGGGACUAUCCUGGAGGUCUUGCGGAGGUCCAAAGUAGUUCGUGCCGAUAAUGCUCCAUUGGGUACUCAGCUGAAACUCAUGCUUAAUCUGGAAAAUGAUGUAAAAGCAUUAUUUAAACCGCAAUGGUAUUCCAGAGAUGCUAUUAUACAUGGACCAGUGUAUCACGGCAAAGAUAGACACAAUGCUGAAGUAGUGGCUUUUUAUUUAUCAUCCUUGUUAGCAUUGCGAAGAGUACCUCUCACCGUUAUACGAAAACUUAAUCUGACAAAGGAAGUUCGCAACUGUGCGACGCCAGCAUUAUAUACAACUAUGUAUCAAAAGGGUAAUAAUACGUGCCUAUAUGGUAUUUGCCAUUAUUGUUCUCCGGUUGAUCCCGUUUGCGGAUCGGGGGAUAUACUUGAAGGUGCCCUCAUUUUUUGGCUUCCGCGAUAUUUAAGACUGGUCAAACACCGUCAUCCUUGGCAACGAACGUACAAAAAAAAUAAACUCGCUGCAUGGGAAGUUGACGAGGCUUACUGUGAUAAGGUAAUGGAUUCUAAGACUUAUUCGCCACAAUCGUCUAGCAGACUGUUGGACUUGAUCGAUACGGCAAUCUUCGACUUUCUCAUGGACAAUGGCGAUCGUCACCAUUAUGAACUUGCGCAAAAUAAUUUUCAUAAUCCCGCAGUGCUAUUAAUCGAUAAUGGAAAGAGCCUAGGCAAUCCUGAUGUAGAUCAUCUCGAUAUCCUGGCACCUCUUUAUCAAUGCUGCAUAAUUCAUAAAACUACAUGGGAUAGAUUGCGAUUAUUCAGCGGUGGAUCUUUAAGCAUUGCAUUGGGCAGACUUACUGCACAUGAAGCUGAAAUAUCGGAUGUCCUUCCUCUAAUCACAGAAGCGCAUUUAAAUGCCAUUGACAGAAGAUUACUUAUCGUCUAUGCUGUGGUGGAGAGUUGUCUGAAGAAAAAGAAAUAUGUUUCCAAUGUGAUCCUGGAUCAUCGGUAGCCCGAAGAUAGUUUUCUUUUUUUUUUUUUUAGAACAAUGCAAAGAAUUUUGACAUAAAUGAAAAUGUUUUUUGAAAAAUUAAUAAUGACAAAGGAAGGAGGAGGGGAGAAUUAGGAAAUUUAACUAAUUUUUAGUUUAACUAAUUAGGAAUUAAAUGGAAUUGAAGAGUUUAAAGAAUAUAAAUAUCCCUUUGUAAAGAAAUUUUAGGAUUUUUAAAAACAAUGUUUUAUCGUGAUAAUUAGGAACAAUACUUACAAUUUUUUAAAUUUGUUCUUCACAGCUUGAUGUGGAAUAUUAUUUAACGAAAGAGAAAAUAUAAUUUCUUCAUUGGAAAUAUUUUCUCAUAGCAUUAUUUUUUCAUACAUCUCUUUCGAGAGAUAAAUGUGGAGAUUGAAAUGAAAAAGAUAAACAGAUUUGAAUGCGAUUUAUUUGAUGACACAGUUAAUUAUCAUUAUUUGGAUAAAGUUUGGAGUGCUGUGUACAGCGUUAUAAAUACGGUACAAACGUAAAAAAACCUGUAAAUGCGAUUGCAUUAUCGUAUGUGUAUUAUUAUACGUUGACAUAGUCUCUUCUCUCUUCUCAUUGGAGAGCACCAUGCCAUCAAUCAUAUACAUUAUAUAUAGUCUUCGUGAAUCUCGCAUUAUUUUCCGCGACAGUAAUUUUUUAAUUAGCAUUAAAAAUACACUUUUAUUUUCCGAAUUUUCUUUUUCUAAAAAAUAUAUAAACCUAAUUUCUAAGAAGUUGCGUGUUAUCUGGAAUAAUAAAUUCGUAAUCCCUGAACUUUAAUAAUUUUAAAAAGAAGUUGAAAGGGAUAAUUAUUAUUUUUUCAGGCAAUAUAUUUUUUAACAAAAUCUUUUAUAUGAACUUUUGAUUCUAAUUAUGUAAGAUUAGAUUUCCCCUUUAUAUAUAUAUAUAUGAAAAAAAAGGAAAGAGUGAUACAUGUUUUUUCUUGCAAGAUAUAAUAAACGAAGAUAAAACAAUGCAGGCAGAUAAAACUGUCGCAGAGAAAUAUCGAGGCCCAUUUGUAUGGGACUUUGAAUCGAAUUUGCAGCAUUCUAGCGUAACCUAUCUCGCUUUAUGUAUCAUAUUUACAACAUUACAUGACCAGAAUUAUUCACGUACCUUACAGGCUAAUUAAAAAUUCCAUUUUUUAAAUAUGUAUAUAUUUAUAUAAUAUAUUUAGAGCGCCAUAUCGUCGUUCAGGUAUAUGAGUAUGUGUGUAUAUAUAUAUAUGUAUAUAUAUAUAUAUAUAUAUAUAUAUAUAUAUAUAUAUACAUAUACAUAUACAUAUAUAUAUAUAUAUAUAUCAACAUUUUUUAAUUAAAUAGAAUUUUCGUAGCAAAGUAUGUAUAAAUAGACUAUCUUUGCACAGACCACGAUCAUUUGCUUCGAAUUCGCUUUUAUUUUAUCUGUUUAGAAGCGAGAAUUUAUUCAUCUUUGAGAUCCGUCCACAUUUAGAUAAUUUUACAUAAAAAAUAUGUAUCGGACGAGAGAGAGAAAUCUCUUAUUCUUUGAGAAUUUCUCGGUUCGAAGCCAUUCUCUUUUUUAUGCUCUACCAUUAAUACUGUAUAUAUCAAACGACGAGAUCGAGACGAGUCGAUUUUAAUUAUAUGCUCGUCAUGAAUGAAAAACUGCGUCCCAUCAAAAUAGAAUUCCACAAACGGCAGCGUAGAAAUUAUUGCAUUGCACUCGCGUAUUUACGCUCCGCAAAAAAUUAGCCAAACUGAAAAAAUUGUGGAUAAGUCUCUCUUUCUACAAAAUCAAAUUUUUGACAUAUGAUAUUAUAACAUUAUUGCUAGAAUUUCAUGAAAUAAAUUGCAAUAAUGCAAUUAAAUUAAAAAUA